GAGGCCGAAGACCUGGUCGUCGCAGAUGUGUGGCACCAGUCAGGCCCUUGGUGCCCGGGCCUUUUGCUGGGUGGCCCGGGGGAGCGUCCCGGGGAUCAUGAUAUAAUUAAACUGAACAAGAAAGAAGAGAGAAAACAGUAUUCUCCCAAAAUGAAGAGAGCGCUUCAGCAGAACCGAACUCGACAGUUCAGGACACCAGGCUCCAAGUGGGGAAUCCAACAGCAGAAAGGUUAUGGUAAAAAUCGUUUGGGACGCAGAAAGAAGAUAGCAGGGAAGAAGCGUUCUUACGGAGUUAUAACUGGCUUGGCAGCCAAGAAAGCAAUGGGUUCACGCAAAGGAAUUAGUUCUCUGAACAGACAGCCACUUAGCGAGAAGAACACACAGCGGAAUUAUCCAGUUUUGAAAAGGAAAACAAACCUGCAGAGACAAUUUGAAAUGCAGAGAAAACAAGCUCCAGCCCUCAGGAGGCCUGCCCUGCUAAACAGAAGGAAUAACAUGCCGUCUGCUUUUGCCAGAAUUGGAAACAAACUCAAUCAGCAGAAAGACACUCGUCAAGCAACUUUCCUAUUUAGAAGGGGCCUGAAGGUGCAGGCCCAAGUGCAGUCAACAGAUGAUCUAGAUAAUCAGACAGUAAAGAGAACUCGUCAAUGGCGAACUUCCACCACGAGAGGGGGGAUUCUGACUGUGUCCAUCGAUAACCCAGGUGCAAUCAUAACCCCCAUUUCCCAGAAAUUACGACUAACUCGUACUCCUGUGCCACCAUUUCUGAUGAAGAGGGACCAGUCUGAAGAGAAGAAGAUUCCCAAAGGGGUUCCACUGCAGUUUGAUAUUAAUAGUGUUGGAAAACAGACAGGGAUGACGUUGAAUGAACGUUUUGGGAUCCUGAAGGAAAAAAGAACAGCGCUGUCUCAGAACAAAGGAAGCCGUUUUGUCACAGUGGGCUAACCUACCAGAUGGACUUGAGCACCGA